CGGUGCCGGCGCCGCGUGCACCACGGCCACUUUGGCACGCUUGGCGUCAGCGUCAUCCGCCCUUGCACUGCCGCUCAUAUCCGUCCGUUCGUGUGUGCGUGUGUGCGAACGAAAAUCAACAACACUGGAACAGCGCCCCAAGAUGGAUGAGCGCGCGGAGAAGGUGGAUGGGCUGACGGAGUAUGAGCAGCAGCGCCAGCCGCAGAAGGUCAUCAGCGAUGGUCGCAGCGUCUCAGUCCCGAUCCACAUCUUCAAUGAGGAGGUCCGCUGCCCCAUCUGCCUCGGCCUCAUCGAGAACACAUACACGGCCAUGUCGUGCCUUCAUCGUUUCUGUGCUGAGUGCAUCCAGAAGUGCCUUCGUCUCGGGAAGAAAGAGUGCCCGACGUGUCGCGCGCCACUCGCGUCUCGCCGUCGGUUACGCCGCGAUGACAUGUUUGACCAGAUCAUAUCCACCGUGUACCCUUCACGCGAUAUCUACGAUGAGCAGCAGAGUGCGUUGGUGGACAAGACGCUUGAGUCGAGCAAUCGCCAGUUCCUCGUUCGCGCCAUGGUCGAAGGCAUGAUGCACCAGGCCAAAGCGCGCCAACGAGCAAAAGGCGCAGGGCAAAUAAAGACGCUCGGACGGAACUUGCAUCAGGACGUGAAUGUUGCGGUGAUGGCGCAUCCCCGCAUCAUCGAGGCCUCGCUCCAGCUGCAGCUCGUCUCAAAAGACGUGCCGCUCAACCACAGUUAUCUGAACACGACACCCGAGAUUACGGGCGCAGUACUGAAGAAGUUUCUCGCAAAGGACUGCGCACACCACCCAUCAACACCGCUGGAGCUGACGCCUGAGGAUCUUCAUCUCGCCUUCGAAUCAAAGCCGAUCGACGAUGCCACCUGUCUCGCCACUCUCACCACUUGGUCCCCUGCGACGAGUGUUGAGAUUGAGGUGUCAAGGAGAGUGUAAUAUCUCAUGUCAGGCAAAUGCACUCGACGCUAUUCAUUGUGGCGUUUGUUUAUCAUUGGCUGUUGGCUGGCAUGAUACGAACACGUUGAUGGUGACACUUGCAAUAACCGAUCCACCCAUUAGCAGUAAAAGGUCGUUUGUACACGUGGAU